GGGCCCCUCCGCGCGAUGGUGGGGAACCGGUGGUCGUGGCCAGUGUUCCGUGCGGAGCGGCCCGGGACACUUAGAGUCCCGAGGGCGCUGCGGGACCGGAGGCAGCAGACAGACUGGACCGAGCCGUGGCUGCUGGGACUGGCCGUCUUCCACGUGCUGUGCCUGCUGCUCACGUGUCUGUCCUCCCAGAGGCAGGGACUGCAGGUCGGACACUUCCUGUGCCUGGUGAUUUUGGUCUAUGGUGCUGAGUAUAUCAACGAAGUCGCGGCCAUGAACUGGAGGUUAUUUUCGAAAUACCAGUAUUUCGACUCACGGGGGAUGUUCAUUUCCAUAGUGUUUUCGGCGCCGCUGCUGCUCAACGCCAUGAUCAUCGUGGUGAUGUGGGUCCGGAAGACGCUGGAUGUGAUGACUGACCUGAAAACCCUGCAGGAGAAGAGAAGACGGAGGAAAAAGAAAGACUGACGCGGGCAGUCGUGUCGGUUUCUCGGGGGCACCGGGUUCCUCCGCGGCGUCGUCUCGCGCCUCCCUGUCGGCGGCCCGCACGUCUGCACGGAGGGUCCGCGCCCCAGAGCGCACCUCCCGUUGCCUUUUAAAUAAACGCCGCCGACGCUGC